AUGAAUCGUGCAGCUGUACCAAAACAGCAUGAUCCAAAACACCCUUUCAUAGAGAAGAAGCAAAGUGAAGGACCAGAUGCAACAACUAGCAAAGAUUAUUAUGGACAAGAUGGACUCCAUGGGCCUUGUGAGAGGAAAUACUGUGGAAGAGGGCGUCGGUGUAUCGUUCAGGAAGAAACCGGCAAAGCAGAGUGCUCUUGCAUGGGCAAAUGCCGGCCCAGCUUUGUUCCAGUCUGUGGAUCGGAUGGCAAGUUUUAUGACAAUCACUGCAAGCUUCAUCGUGCCUCUUGUCUGCAGAAGAAGGAGAUCUACAUUGUGCACAGUAAAGACUGCUUUUUCAAAGGUAAUACAUGCACAAUGGCGGAGUACAACAGGCUAAAGAACAUGCUUCUAGACCUUCAGGCCAAGCAGUCCAAUCAACAUGGGGCUGUCCAAGGAAACAGAAUGUCCCAACGGACCCACGUAGUGGAGAAGAUGUUCAAAUACUUGGAUCUCAACGCUGAUGGGUGCAUAGGCAGCGAAGAACUGGCUCAGAUAUCAGUAAGGGAUCAUCUGGAAGAUGACCUGCUGGAGUGUACACUGCAAGACCUGCUGAGAUAUGACGACUACAACAAUGAUGGGCAUUUAACUCUUCAAGAAUUCUACACAUCAUUCCAGGUUGUUCAACUGAGUCUCCCCGAGGAUCGGAACACCAGCAUCUCCACGGUAACAGUGGGGCUGAGCACUGUGUUGUUCUGUGCUAUUCAAGGAACACUGCGGCCUCCGAUCAUCUGGAAGAGAAAUGGAAUCGUACUGAACUUCUUGGAUUUAGAAGACAUUAAUGAUUUUGGAGAUGAUGGCUCACUCUAUAUCACCAAGGUGACCACUAUCCACAUGGGCAAUUACACCUGCCAUGCUUAUGGGUAUGAGGAUUUGUACCAAACCCAUGUCCUGCAGGUGAAUGUGCCUCCAGUGAUCAUUGUGUACCCAGAAACCCAGGCCCAGGAACCAGGUGUAUCUGCCAGUCUGAAAUGCCACGCUGAUGGCAUCCCUGACCCCAAAAUCACCUGGCUAAAGAAUGGAAUGGACAUCAUGCCGAAGAUAUCAAAACAGCUCUUAAUGAUAGCAAAUGGUAGUGAGCUGCAUAUUGGCAGUGUGCGCUAUGAAGACACUGGUGCCUAUACCUGCAUUGCUAAGAACGAAGUAGGAGUGGACGAGGACAUUUCUUCAUUGUUUGUGGAAGAUUCAGCUCGAAAGACACUUGCAAACAUACUGUGGCGAGAGGAAGGUUUAAGUGUGGGCAACAUGUUUUAUGUCUUUUCUGAUGAUGGGAUUAUAAUCCUGCAGCCGAAUGAAUGUGAGAUUCAGAGACAUAUAAAACCAACAGAGAGGAUUAUUGCAAGCUACGAAGAGAUGUGCCCCAAAGGUGACGGAGAUGCAAUUCAGCAUUGCGUCUGGGCCUCAGCUGUCAAUGUCAGAGAGAAGUACAUAUAUGCGACACAGCCCGUUCAUAACAGAGUACUGAUUGUAGACACUCAGGCUCAGAAAGUUGUACAGGUUGUUGAAACAGACCCUGUGCCAGUGAAACUGCACUAUGACAAAUCACAUGACCAGGUGUGGGUGCUUAGCUGGGGUGACAUUCACAGGACUCGUCCAACGCUGCAGGUCAUCCCUCUAGCCAGCGGAGGAGAGGAACACCAAACCACUCACACUCCCUUUGAGAGAGUGGAGAACUUCUUUAUUCCACCAACAAACCUCAUUAUUACACACAUAAGGUUUGGAUUCAUCUUUCUCAAGAAUGAGCCGGCAGUGCACAAGAUUGAUCUGGAGACCAUCUCUCGCAUCAAAACCAUCAGCCUCAAAAACUACAGCUGUGUCCCAGUGAGCAUGGCCUACACCCACCUGGGGGGCUAUUACUUCAUCCACUGUGAGGGCAGGAACUCAACAUCACCCCAGCCUCAACUCCUCAUAGACAGUGUGACUGAUUCCAUCAUCGGCUACAACCAGGACAUAACAGGGACUCCGUACAUCUCCCCGGAUGGACGUUACGUUGUAACCGCCAGUGAACGCAACAGGAAGAUCCGAGUUCAAACCAUCACCUUCCAAGGCAGAUUACAGUCAACAGUAGACCUCCAAACUAGCCUGAGCAUCUCGGACGUGGCUUUCCAGCCGUCAUUUACAGAGGCCAAUCAGUAUUGCAUAUACGCAGCCUCUCAAAAUCAAACGGACAUGCUCUUUGUGGAGCUGUCAACAGGGAGGCUGGAUGUUGUGAGGAACCUAAAGGAUCCCAUUCCAUCAGACGAUUGGCCCUGGAGUCGUUAUAACAGGGUGGUGAAGGACAGCGGGCUGUUUGGACAACACCUGGUUACUCCCUCAGAAGAUUCUUUAUUUGUUCUAAAUGGGAAACAGAACCGCCUCCACUGUGAGGUUUCGGAUAUAAAGAGAGGUAACACAAUCGUAUGGGUUGGGGAGGUAUGAGAAGGUAAAAGAACAGGAUUAGAAGCAAGAAUGUAAUGGACUCAACGCUGGGACUGAGCAAGCAGUAUAAAGGUACGGCUAUUGUAAAAAAAAAAAAAAAAAAAAAAAAAAAGUGACAAUAUUUUUUACUCUGUGAGGAUUCAGUGCAACAGUGAUCUACGUGCACAUAUCCAAAUGACAGCAAUACAUUAUUGCACUUAACACUGAGGGUAAACAAAACUGGGAGAAACUAUGCACAAUGUACACAAUUUCUUUUAGCAUAACGCCGAUUAUUAUUAUUUUUUUUUUUAUAAUUUCAAAAGCAAAUCAUGCCACUGCUGAAGAAUAUUUUGUUUGCCUUUAAUAUAUGGCUAAUAAUAAUAAUAAUAAUAAUAAUAUAUGCUGCCUGGUGUGAUUAGUUUGACUUUGUUUUGACCUGGAAUAAUACUUUAUUUCCCCCAUUUAUAUAACACAUACAUACACACAUGCACACACAUACAUACAUACCAAUCAAUCAUAGCAAAACUAGGUACUAAUUAAAUAAAUAAAAUGCACCCACCCAAAGGAAAAAAUAAAUAAACAAGCAUUGUAUCAAAUUAAGUACUGCUGUUAUGUUAACUGGCUACUGUGUAGGGUUUUUAAAUAGAAUAUCAAACCUAAACUAUAUUGCUAGAAGAAAAUAUUAAGAAUGAGCCACAUUGGUCACUCAAGUCUGUAGUUUUGUUGUUUUUCUCUAGCAUCAGGAGCGUUUUUGAAUGUGUAAUAAGAUGUUAGCGUAUUCUCUGAUCUCACUAAUAAAUAUACAUUUCUAUGUUAAAUUGUGUUUUUUUUAAGACCAUAUUUAGAUAUGUAUGGAAUUGAUGUCACCAUUCAUUAAACAACUCUCUUGUAAAUACCAUUGCAAAUAUAAACCAGUCUUGGUGCUCCAGACAGCCAGUCGUUUUCUCAUUCAGUUAAGCAGUGUAUAUUGUGCAUUCCUCUUGCUCCAAAGAGUCGUUACCGAGAAUGUUGAAUAAUCACUCUCUGCUACAGCUAAAGUUUCUGAUCACACAGAUCUCAAGUGUAGGUAAGGAACAUUAGAUUUUACCAAACUUUAAUGAAAAAGAGUAAUUGAACAGGUGUAUUGAUCUCCCAGUCUUGUCUUAUUGAUUUAAAGCGUAAUUAUUCCGCCAACUCGAAAUACAUCCUCCUGUUGUAAAACCUAUUGGAACCGACUUCCACAAGUUUUGUCCUUGAUAACGUCAUAGCUUGAAACCUUGGGGAUGUUUCUCUGGUUUAUUGCAAAGCUCACUCACACUUGAGUUCAGGUGUUGCAUAUUUAAUUCUUUAUUUUUGUACAAGGAACAGCAGCUGACUGUUUGUUUAUAUAAUGUUUACACAUAUAUACACACAGACCUUCACUGAUGUAAAAAUCAAGAGAAACUCUAGAUCAGUUUUUAGAGCUUUUGGAUUCUAUGUGGAACGAAUCAUUUUGUUCUGAAAUUACAAAAAAAGCAUUUUACAAAACUACACAUGAAGCAACCUGUAAGUUGAUAAAGUGUUUACAUAGAAGCCAUAUGCUUUACCUAUUAGUUUGUGAACUAGCGUAUAUAGCCCAUUAUAUACACCUUCUACAGAUUUCCUGUGAGCUAAAAUGUUAAUUCUACUUUUAAAAGUGUACAGUUUGCACUUGCUCUCUUCACUACUGUUGCAAGGCCCAUUUUGGCUGCCAUAAGACCAGGUCUGUGUUGGGAACUACAAUAAAAUAGAACGGAAAGCAGGUUGUAUUAACUCUGUGUCACAAUGAUUACCAUGUCAUUUUCCAAUCUUACACAAACUUGAGUUAUACACAAGCAAUGGUAUAGCUUGGUAUUAAGAAUAUAUACCGGCUUUCCAAUUCACAUAAACACACACAAAAAAAAAUAAAAAAUCAAUCCACGAAACAACUAGACCACUGUUGCACUGAAAACAGAUCAGCUUACACUGUGACAUUCAGCUACAGUGUCUGUUGUAUGAUAUUUUCAUACUUUUAAUUUGAAGAGUAAAUACCGCCUCUUUUGCAAUUGCUGGGAUUACUGUUUCACGAAAGGAAAAACAUCAAUGCCUUUAGUGAAAUAUUCAAAGCUCCUGCUGCAGCUUUCAAGCCUUGAACCUUAGACUGGGAUAAAAAUGUUAGAAGUGCAAUGAUUUUAAUCUGUGAGCACCAGCCCAUACACACAACACUUUACAAUUGUUGACUAAUAUUCUAAAUGUGUCAAAUCACAGCAAUGAGGAUACGGAGAGAAAUACAAAUACAAUGACACAUCGCCUACUUUUUGUAAAAUAUAUUUAGUACCCAAACAUGCAGGUAUCCUAUAAAAUAUUCAGUUUGAUAAUUUUUAACUCCUUUUCAAAGCAGUAAGUUUAAAAUCCUACACAAAAAUAUUUUAAACACAUUCUGAAUACCCAUACUGUUAAUAUGCUGUAUUACAAGAAUAUCAUUGCAGACCUAAUCAUUUUGGUCUGCUAGGCAGUAGUCACUGUUGUACAUAUAUUAUUGUUCUUGUUUAGAACACCUUUUGAAUUUAAAAUGUACAGAUUUCAUUUGGGUUUAGUGUGUGUAUGAAGUUAAAUUUGUAAAAAAAAAAUAUAUAUAUAUAUAUAAAAAAAUUAAAGUAAAUAAAAAACGAGAAUAAAAAAAAAAAAAAUGUAGCCAUGCAACCAUGGUUAUGUACAGCAGCAUUACCAAUUGUAUGUUUCACUCCAACAGAUUAAUUUAAAUGAAUAUUCAGGGAUUAACCUUUUGGGGUUUUGGGGGAUCUGUUAAUAAGGCAAAGCCAAAACUGACUUUAGACUUGUUGUUAUCGUUUGAAAAGGCAAUUGUUGUGGCACCCAUUGUACUGGUAUUGUACUUUUUGUCACUGUAACUCUACAAUGUGAGAUUGUUAAACAAAAGGGCACUUAAUAGGUAUCAUGUUCCAAUGCAUAUUUCACCUGUAUUAAUAUUUUUACAUUGUGACAACAUCUAUCUGUUCAAAGUGAACCCUUCCUAUCUCAAAUGUAAUCCUCCUAUGGCCCUUAUAACCGGUGGUCUGCAUAGAUUAAGCCAUGACUUACAGUAAAAGGCACAUGGACAGACCUACCAAGCAUUGGAAAGCUUGUUCAGUAUGUAACAACUGAGCAGCACAAAUCAAUUGUGUGCAGUAUGUACUUUACAGUGUUUGGUCUUCAGUGACAACAUUGCUAGUCAGUGUAGAGACAUUAGCUCUGACUUUUCAUAAGUAGAGAUGUAAUCAAAUGACUGUACACCUCUAAGACUCCUUUAUUCCUGUAUCCACUGUGAUAUUAUUCCGCUAGCGAGGAGUAAUGUUAGUUGAGGAUUCUCUUGGAGUAGUGCUGUUAGCUCUAAUAAGUGGCUGUCCUAUUGGUAUGGUUUCUACGUGAAGAAUCGUGUGGUCCCCUUUUAACCCAGUAGAUGGUUCCACUUUAAAUUGAUGCUAAGUUAAGUUAAACGGUUUUGAUUCAAUAAAUACACCGGUCUGUCACCGGGCUUGGUCUAUCUCUAUGCAACACAUUGCCAAAAUAAAUCAAGGGUGAACGAGUAGCCAAUCCAACAGCAGCUCAGUUAUGACAUCAGUGGGUCAAACAAAGUUUUGGGAAGGAACGUUUGACCUUUCAAAAAUGUAGCUCAAUCUAAUUAACUUGCCGUAUGUAUUUGGGGAUUUCUGUUCAAUCCUCAGCUAUAGAGAUGUACACUUUUUAAAUUGUUCAAUACAGUCUGGUUAGAUCUUACUGGCAUCAUUGCAGUGGUUACAUUAGUUCUUUUCACAAAAUCAAAUGUGUGUCGUCUCCGUUGUUGUCUGUUUUAUAAUGGCCUCUCCACUGGUACUGCUGUAAACUGUAUGUUUUGUAUAUUUUAACCUUCCCCACCCUCACCCCAUAAGUACCAGUUUACCUUACCCAAUGGUUUACAAUACACCUAACUGAAGUGAUGUAACUGGGUCACUUACUGUAAAGAACUAAAAGUAUAUGUUGUUGCCUGGGAUGUAAACUCUCCUUUUUCUGCAAUUUUGAAAUAAA